AUGACAUCGAUAAAACCAUUCCAACUAGAAGACCUUUUCACCAUCACUCCAGUAAACUUGGACCCCCUAACUGAGAACUUUAACAUUUCAUUCUACGCCCAAUACUUGAUAUCAUGGCCCAAUUUAUUCUACAAAUCAAUUGAACAACAUCCAACAGACACCACGUCACCACCAUCUACCACAACAAGCGGAUACAUGAUGGCCAAAACUGAAGGUCAAUUAUCCAAGAUGGAGUACCAUACACAUAUAACCGCCGUCACGAUCCAGGAUCAUUAUCGACGUAUUGCGCUAGCUUCGAAAUUAUGCUUGCAUUUGGAAUCAAUUAGCGAGGUGCAACUGACUUUGUUUAUUGAUUUAUUUGUCAAAGUCACCAAUUCGUUGGGGAGGAUGUUAUAUGAGAAAUUGGGGUACAGUGUGUAUCGACGAGUUGUGGGGUAUUAUGGGGGCGGUGCUGGUGCUGGUGCCGGUGCCGGUGGUGCUUUACCUGAUGAUCGUUAUGCGAUAAACGACGAUAUUGAUGCUUUUGAUAUGAGGAAAUCGUUGCCUUUGGAUAAGGACAAUAGAACAGUGAGAGAGAUGGGAGAGAAGGUGUAUGUGCUACCGAAUGAAGUUGUAUUUUGA